AUGCGCUCGCCGUCCCUCUGGCUCGCGUUGCUCGGCGCCUGCUGCACCACCGCCUCCGCCGCGCCCGGCAAGCAGCUGCACCGGCGCGCAUUCUUCCUCGAAUGGUUCACCCAGGCCGACACGCCGACGUCGACGACCGCGGGCGACAAGUUCCAGAACGGCGACACCCUGGACGGAAAGUGGUUCGAUCUUCCGGCGGACGUCGCGGGCAUCGAGCUCGAGGGCGACACGACCUCCCUCGCGUGGAGGCUCAAAGGCGACAACGACUCGGCGGUCGAGCUUUCGGUGAACACGGCCACACCCCCGUUCGUCUUGCAAGCGGAUAACUUUGACACCUCCAUCGACGUCUCGGCCAACAUCCACACCACGUACAACGCGAGCGCCGCCUCCCCGAACGCCGGCGAGACCGCGGUCAUCCCCAUCACCUCGCGCUCGAUCAGCGUCGAAAACUCCGAGUGCGACUCGAGCGUGAACAUCACCGCUACCGUCGCGUUCGCGAACGGCACCUCGGUCACGACCGACGCCGUCGACAACUGGGGCACCGGCAUCUCCGACGACGUCGCCGGCAUCCAGCUCGUCGUGAACAACACCGACUUCAACAACCUCAUCCAGUUCACGUUCAACGUGAGCUCCCCGUACACCGCGCAGUUCGGAAACGGCUCCAACGUGCCCACGGUGUCCGUGUCCUACGGCAUCGACGUGCAAUUCUGCCCUGACUGA